AUGCCAAUUCACGAGAUCACCGGAAACACUCAGAGUCGCUUCAUUCAGGCUGCGGCCCUCCUCCACUUACUCGAUCCUGUCCGUGGCGAACCAACAGCAUAUGGCCUCGAUCAGGACUCGAGCACACUUGAGCAGAAUCGGGAGCGACUUCUAAAGCGCAAGUUUCUCGAUUCUUUUGCUCUUAUCUGCGCACGGAAGAAAGAUGGUGAUACCGUCUCCGCGGCUUGUUUGGAGGAGGGUCAUCCGGAAGGAACGAUAGUUCGCAUUGCAAGUAACCAGGGCGUCUCACAGUCCACACUUGACGAGUUGCGAGAAUUGGUGGCUAUUCUGAAUGGCGUUGCCGGCGGAGAGUAUGUCGCAUCCGAUACGGAACAGGAGGUCUUGACCCGAAUCACGAGCCUCGAUGCUGUCAGAAUACGGUCCUAUCUGAAAGAUAUUCGCAGCGUUGGUAACGAUGUGAAGGACAUGGUCGAGAGUUUCAGUGCAACACCUGCGUUUCUAGAAAUCGACCACGCAUUAAGCUUCCCGAGAUGGAUUGCACACGUCUUCACGAUACGAGAUCUACCUUCGGAAUCUACUCCUGAAGAUCUUGUCCGUCAUGUUCAAUGGGCUGUGGAGGCUCGGCGAACUUACCUAACGUGCCUCAGAGCAUUAUUCCCCACCAACUUGCCUCGAUGGGUCUACGCAAUCCUCAAGCUUGGACGGUAUGCGAUUGCCUCCACGGUCUUGCUCGCGUUUGCAUCCGAGUUUCCGACUCUAUUCAAUCCGAUGCUUGUGGAACCUACCAUCGCCCCUCCGAAAAGCACAUUCAAAUGUGUGGGGGAAGAGAUGCCCUUGACGAGCGUGCUUCGAAGACUUGCCAGUGACCAGGAGGCGAAGCACUAUGUCUCCCGCCUGGCUCAGAUCUGGGGGGCUCGGGACCCUGAAGUCCAUUUCCGAAACACUUGCAAUCUGCAGCUGUCUGUUCAUGCUGAGAUGCAGCUCGUCAAUUUUUACGAUAACAACCCCUAUAGCAGACCGUUCUUUCGCUUCAUCGGGGUUAGCAAGAAAUCAUGUUUUCUGUGCCAGCUGUUUCUCGCAAGGCACCCGCAAUCAUUUAACAUUGCAUCUUGCCACCAGAAGCUCUAUCUCACCUGGAGGCCUCCACCUGCAGCCAAUCCGACUGUCUACAGACAGUACAAGGCUAUUGUGGCUGACCUGAGCAAAUCCAUGGAGUCGACGGCGAAACAAGAACUUAAAGAUCGUCUCGGUCUCCGACGGCCUGUUCCGCCAGAUUCAACGGCUGGCGUGUCCAUCUCAGGUCUGAUGGAUCUUGACGAAAGACCGCAUGGCGUGUCCACAACCUUAGAGAUGGCCACCACGUCAAUCAAAUCCGUCGUAGGGGGUGGCGAAGCACAUGUAACAACAGCAUCGCUUCAACCGAUCCCGGUGGUGGAUGUUUCAUCCCCAGAUGAGGAAUUGACCUGGACCCCUUACAACAGCUAUCCAGUCGGCGACUCACUCUCAACCACCGAAAUGGUCUUGCAUGUGCUACGCCCGAAUGAACCCCAGCGUCAGGACAUCAUCGCCAUACGUGAUAUCAUGGACCGAUUCACCGGAAACCCAUCCUGGGCUAAACUGGUCGAUCUCCUCAUGGAUGAGUCAGGGGUCGGUCUCAAGGGCGGAGACUGUCUGAUGGUGAAAAAUCGGAUCCGAGUUGGCAACGAGAGGCAGCUUCUUGCUUGCCUGCAGUACUUGCGGAAUGAGGCCGUGUUGAACUCGGAAGUCCAUGUACGCAAUUUCAGCACAGAGUCAUAA